GAGAAGAAGCUUUGAUUUGAUUCCUGUUUUUCAGAGAAAGUUCUUAUUUUUAUCCAAUUAAACAUAAAUUACAAUAUUUUAAAGGAGAUAUUUAAAUUAAAAACAUUUGCUGUGGUGGGCGAAAAGAUAUUUCCAUUCUGGAUUCCCAAAAGAGGACUUAUUUAGACAUUUACAAGAUGGAUUUGGCGGAGACAAUGAAGAACGUAUUGGCUAAGAGUAGCGGGAGUGGAACCACUGCAGCGAGCGGAUCGAGCUCGGCGGCGCCACACGGUGCUGAGGGCUACGUAACCGAAAAGCUUUACAUGCUUUUGCAACUUUAUUUACAAAAUAAAGGAUGGAGCCCCAGUAUAGAGUUAUUACAGUGUUUCAGUGAUCUCAAAGAGUCUUCCAUGCUUCCAAGUGCAACUUAUUUACAAAUGAUGGCCUCAAGGGUAGGAUUAGAUGCCCAGGGGCGUCUCAUAUAUAGAGAAAAUGGCAAGAUAAUCUUACCAUAUGAGCAUUUUGCUAAUGCUGUGAUGUUAAAACACAUGAAUGGUCCACAUGGCUUGCAUCUUGGAUUAGAAGCCACUGUACGAGCUGUGGUAGAAUCAUAUACAAUUGGCAGAGAACAAUUUGGUAUGGAAAAAGAAUUUAUAGUUGAAGUGGUACAAAAUUGUCCAAACCCAGCUUGCCGGUACUAUAAGAAUCAGUUGGAAAUGACACAGAAAUCGAUACAACAACAUUUAUCUCAGCAACCCACUUACAUACCAGACGCAGGCAGUUCAAACCUAUCAGACAGCCAGGCGGUGGAGCGGCUGCUGCGCGGCGCGGCGCUGCCGCAGGACUACCAGCUGCCGCUCGCGCCGCACCUCGCCGCUCUCAGUGAGUUGUUAACAAAUUUGGCGGGUGACAAGUCAGAUAGACGUACAGCAGACAAGUUGUCGCAGCAUCAGCAAAUGUUGCUGCAACAUCAGAACAGGUCCCUGGGCCAUCAGUCCUCUAUCGACAAAUAUUCUACGCGUUCUUCUCAGUCCAGUUUGGAUUCAAAGUCCAAGCACCAUUACAGUGAUGAUCAUAAGCUCACAGAUUUUCUAAGAGCAAAUCUGGAAAGUCUCGAGUCGCUCUCCGGCAGCGAGCGCAGUGGUGGUGCAACAGGCUCGAGUGGUGCGGGGUCGGCGGGCGGGCAGGAGCGCGUGGUGCGCGCGUUCGCGGAGCUGGCGCGCAACCUGCAGCGCAUGCGGCCCUGCGUGCGCCCCGCCAUGUGCAAGCCGUACGGCAAGCAGAGCGAGCAGCUGCAGAAGAUUCUUCUGGACACAAUUCAACUAGUUCAGUCACUUCGGAGCUAUUUGCCGCCACCACAUAUCCAAGUUACGUCUUGGAAGAACGACGACAAGUUACGCUCGAAUAACAUGGAUGAAUUGGAGAGUCGUAAAAUAGUGAGUGGCAACUAGCAGUCGGACGGUGAUUGAAGUGUUCCCAGUACAUGACAAUGCUUUAUAUUGUGUAUCUUGUGUUUUAUUUCUACUUUUGGCCACUGUGGAGUUUUUGUCGUUUCUCGAAAUUAGUAUUAUUCGUAUAACCUUUCGGCCAGUUAUACAUGUAUUCCUAUUGUAUCGACGUUAUGUGUUAAUUAUAUCAUCCAAAUUAUUUUAUGUUAUCAAUAUAGAUAAUUAAGAUUUAUUUGAGUAUUCUCAUUGUUUAUGGUUAUUUUAUUAUUUCAAUUAUAUUGUAUAGCGAUACAAAUAUUAUUGUAUGCUUGUCUAUGUUUUGUUAUAAUCUGUUUUACGCGGGAAUCCGUAUCUGAUCAUUUACAUUUUGUAUUUUUUAUGUUGUGUUGGUGUUUAUAUGUUUAGAUACUUUCUUAAUAUUUAAGUAUUUAUUUAUUUGCUUCUAUAUAUUUUAUGAAGCUUUUGUGUAUGUAGUAUAUUCAAAUACACUUUUAUAUAAAGCUAUUUUACUUGCGUAAAAGUAAUCUCAUUAAAGUAUCUUAUGUGCAUUAUUUACACUGUGAUAGAAGUGUAAUAGUUAUAGUGUGGUAGUAUUGUGUAAGGUUUUCUUAACUUUAAGUAUUUUUAGGUUAAUAAUACCUAUAUAACAGACGAGCGAAAGUUUUAAAUUAUAUGUGUGCGAAGGAUUUGUGUUCGUGUUUUGGACUGAUUUUGACAAAAUUUCUCUGGUAAAUUUUACAGUGAAAGACAAAAUCUGUAUUGUAUUAGAAACAAAAUUAUUGUAACAAUAUUGUUUAAAACUUUCGCUUCUGUUCUAUAUAUCUAUUGAGAAUAUUUAAAAUUAUAUUUGGCGAAUUUUUUUUAUAGGAAUUCAAAGAUGUGCUUUUACACAAGUUUUAAAUUGAUGUCGUCGCUUUCAUAUGUUAAUAACACUACGAAAACUCACAAUAUGAAGGAUGUAGGUGUUAUUGAAACUGAUAUUUUAAUGAUUUUCGUCAAUUUUUUACAAAUAGGUUAGCCUGGUUCAUGACUAUGUAUUUGUUUAAACUUUAAAGUAUUACGAUGUGUUAAGAUCGGUGGGUGUUUGAUGAAAUUUAGUCAGUAAAAUGGAAAUUUGCCAUGUCUUGUCUCGUGAUGUAUUGAAUAGUAUCGUAUUGAAGACUGCAAGUAAACACGCGUAGGUUAGAAGGCUAACGCUGUAUAUAAUAAAGUUGUGUGUAUGUAUAAUACAUGUUUAUCGUGUAAAAUAUUUAGGAGAGAUAUUUUUAAUUAAUUUACAAUUCGAAACGGUUUAUUUGUAAUUCACAAAAAUGUAUUUUAUUUAGCUAUUUUGUUUUUUUACUGUACAUUUAUCUUUAUUCAAACCCUAUAUUAUUGUUUGGUUUAUAUUUUAUUACCCGAUUUUACAGCGAUAUAUCAUGUAUGUUAAUGAUAAGUAAUUACUAGUUGUAACGCUUGCGUCUUGCUUUUAUCUUCCAAAACAUCACGUUAUAUGAAAAUAUCGUGAGCUCGUUAGUGCAAUAAUAAGGCAAAGCCUAAAUAAAUUUUUUGUAUCUUAGGAAUGUAAGUCAUGAAUCGAAAGUAAGAGAAACGAGUGCAUUGGUGAGGUUGUAACUGUUAAAUAUUGGUCUCGGUAUGUGUAUUUGAUAAUUUUACCAUCACAUAUAUUAUUCGUCAC